AUGGCUUCCAUACCUGUUCUACUCCUACUGCUUGUUUUCCUACUUCCUGAUUAUGCAAACGCUCAACGCAACCAAACCAAGGAGAUAUGCUUGGGCUCUUCACUUUCCCCAAAUGAAAACCGUACUUCAUGGCUCUCAGCCUCUGGCUAUUUUGCAUUUGGUUUCUACCCACGUGGUGAUGGCUUUGCUAUCGGCAUUUGGCUUAUUAAUCAAAAUGAGAAGACGGUCACCUGGACUGCCAAUCGAGAUUAUCCACCUGUCUCCUCAAAUGCUACACUGGACCUAACCAGAGAUGGUCUGCUGCUUCGAGCUGGACCAUACAAUAUUUCUGAUGAUCUGAGUGAACCUGCAGUUUCAGCUGCGAUGCUUGAUUCGGGUAAUUUUGUGCUCUACAACUAUAAUUCGGAUGUUAUCUGGCAAACCUAUGAUUUUCCAACUGACACCAUAUUGGGAGGUCAAACCAUAUUGGGAGGUCACGAUCCGUCUGCUGACGACUAUGGAUUGGUUUCGAGUGUGUCUAAGUCAAACCAAUCGACUGGACGAUAUUCUCUUCUUAUUCAGCAUGACCGAGAGCUUGUUGCCCGCCCUGUAAACUCCUCGGAUGAAUUUGAUGAGUCAUAUGACACUUUCUGGUUUGCUGAAACAAAGACCCGGUCUGCUGAAACAACGGCCGGUGGUCCCUUUAUAGACCUCACUCUUAAUCUUUCAGGCGUUCUAUUCCUACGCGGGAUGAGCGUACGCAUUUUGGCAAGCAGCCACUAUCCUGACAACAAAAAUGGAACUAUUAUCCACCGCGCAACACUUGAUGCGGAUGGGAUCUUUAGAUUGUAUGUACACCAGUACUUUGAGAGCGAUAAUAGCUCAAGUAUGUUGGUGGAAUGGAAGGCGUUGGCGAGCCAGUGUGAAGUCAGCGGUUUCUGUGGAUUCAACAGUUACUGCUCAGUUGACGGCAACAAAGCUCUCUGCAACUGUUUUCCUGGAUUUCAUUUCGUCAACACCAGCAACAAGUUCCUGGGCUGCUUCAGGAACUUCGAUGACAAUGCUUUCACACGCAGUGAAAAUCCAGCGAUGCAGUACGGGGUCGAUCAUUUGGAGAACAUAAUGUGGAGUGAUUAUCCUUACUCGGUGGUACAAAUGAAGAAGGAAGAUUGCGGCAAAUCUUGCUUGGAAGAUUGUAAUUGUGCGGCCGUAUUAUAUACGGGUGGUAGUUGCAACAAAUAUAAACUUCCACUGAGAUAUAGUAGAGUAAGUAAAAACAUAUCAGCUACGGCUUUCUUCAAAGUGAUUAGGAGAAUACCCGUUGGUCAAAAAGUCUUGCCCGAGAGCAAAAGAGGUCUGGUUUUUAUUCUUGCCAUAACCUUGGGUUCCAUUAUUUCAUGCCUUUGUGUCAUUUUUGCCAUCUAUACUCUGUUCAGAUACAGACAUCAAGUUUACAGGUAUAGAAGUCUGUCAGAAAAUACAAAUUUGGAAUUGAUUGAAGAGUUUGCUUUGCGACCAUAUUCUUACAAUGAGCUUGAGAAAGCGACAGAAGGCUUCAAGGAAGAGUUAGGUAAGGGCUCUUUUGGCGUUGUUUACAAAGGAACUAUAUCUGGAGGUAACAAAACUAUUGCUGUUAAAAGACUAGAGAAAAUUGUGGAAGAAGGACAUAGGGAAUUUCGAGCUGAAAUUACAGCAAUUGCACGAACUCAUCACCGAAACUUGGUUCGAUUGCUUGGAUUUUGUAUUGAGGGCACUAAAAAGCUCCUUGUUUAUGACUUCAUGAGCAAUGGCUCACUUGCAGAUCUUCUCUUCAAGGCUGAGAUGCGGCCCAUUUGGAAAGAAAGAGUAAGAAUUGCACGGGAUGUGGCAAGAGGGAUCCUCUAUUUGCAUGAAGAGUGUGAAGUCCAUAUCAUCCACUGCAACAUAAAGCCCCAAAACAUACUCAUGGAUGAUACAUGGACCGCAAAGAUCUCUGAUUUUGGGUUGGCAAAGCAGUUACUGCCAAAUCAAUCAAGAACAGCUGUGGAGGCCCCAGGGACAACUGGGUACUUCUACUUAGCACCCGAAUGGAAAAAGAACGCCUUGAUAUCGGUAAAAGCAGACAUAUACAGUUUUGGUAUUGUGCUUUUAGAGAUUGUAUGCUGUAGAAGCAGCAUAGAGGUAAAUGUCCCAAUUCCAGCCGAGAUAAAUCUUUUUAGUUGGGUUUAUAAUUGCUUUAUGGCUGGAGAGUUGGACAAGCUUGUUGAAGAUGAAGAAGUGGACUUCGUGACUCUGGAAAGAAUGGUGAAAGUGGGGUUAUGGUGCAUUCAAGAAGAUCCAGCUUUGCGUCCUUCAAUGAAAAAUGUAAUCUUGAUGUUGGAAGGGACAAUGGAUAUUCCAGUCCCACCAUCUGUAGUUGGUUCCCUUGUUUGAUCAUUGUUAGAUGGGGCCUUUGACUAUCUCAUUUGAAAAUUAAUUAGUAUUCAGUAAAGGAAGCUAAAUCUUUUUA